CCCGCCCCCCGCGCAUGCGCAGCGAGCGCCAGUGGGACGUGCGCAGAGCGAAGCCGGGCGCGCGAGCUCAGUGCGUCAGCUGACUGCGUCCCGUAAGCGCGUCUUGGCCGCGACAUGCUGGCCGUACUUCCCGACCUCGCUAUGAAGAUGAGCAAAGUGGGCAACCAGACAAAUUCGCAAGACCCGCAAGCUGUCAACUCGCGGGUAUUUGUGGGAAACCUCAACACUUUCCAGUGCUCCAAGACAGACGUUGAACGAAUGUUCCAACGAUAUGGCAGAAUCGCAGGCAUCUCAAUGCACAAAGGCUACGCGUUCGUGCAGUUCACGAACCCCUUCGACGCCCGCAGCGCCUGUCUGGGGGAGGACGCGCGCACCGUGCUGGGCCAAGUUCUCGAUGUAAACAUGGUUGCAGAGCCUAAAGCCCAUCAGACUGGUAGGAAAAGGCAAAAUAUGGCAAAAACUGGAAAUGACUGGGACUACUACUACGACAGCUACUACUCGACGGCGACGCUGGUGGCUGCAGCGCCGCGGCUGGUUCCCCCACCGAAGCGGCCUCGGCUGGUGACCAUCCCCACGUCCAGGAUCCCUCCACCAGCCACCGCCUCCACGAGGGCUCCGACGGCAUCGCAGCUGGAGCAGCUCAAGACCUACAGCAACCACGACAUCCUGAUCUGCGGCAACUGCCGCGAGAUGUUCACGGAUCUCCACGAACUGCUGGACCACAAGAAGACGUACUGCAAGCUGCGCUUCACCUGCAAGUGCCGUCCCCAGACCAACAAGGACAGCGAGUCGUCGGUGGCGAGCUUGCUGUGCGCGCAGUGCAAGGAGUCGUUCGCGAACGCGUGGGAGCUGAUGGUGCACGCCCAGGGCUCGCACGCCUUCAGCAUCUACCAGCUGCCCGACAGCGCGGCCGACGCUCCUGCCGAGGAGGGCCAGCAGCAGCUGCAGCAGGAGAGCAGCUCCCACGCGGGCAAUGCCGCGGUGAAGGAGGAGGAAGAAGAGGAGGAGGAGGGGGGCAGCACUCCAGAGGUGGCUGAAGCGCCCCCUCCCUCACAGGCGGCCUGCAACGGCAUCGGCGGCAGUGGCGAUGGCGGCGGCGACGGGACCGCGCAGCUGGCGCCCGAGAAGCAGCGGCCGGCGCGCACGCAUGCGCAGAGCCGCGGCGUGGGCGCGGGCGUUGCCGGAGGAGCGGCCGAGGGCGCCGACCAAGGGCGCCGGCAGGCCCACGCGGAUCUCGUAGAAGUCUCAUGAAGGAUCAGUCAUCACCUGAGGCGUAAUUGGCUGUUUCCUGCGGGCAAAUAUAUGCGUCUCAAACCUUGACAACCACCGAACUGCAAAGUGCCAUUACCAAUGGAAUUAUUGUACAUAUCUUGAAUCAUAAAAGUUAUAAAAUGUUCUAUAUAUUCUACUAACUCUAUCAUGUUUUACUGUUAUUACUUAAGUAUGAUUAAAUGUUUAUGCAGGCCAUUGAAAGUUAUGUUAAGAUAUAUAUUUUUACCUGAAGUUGCGUUUUGUUUCUCAUUGCAUUCACAGAUCAUUGUUCAACUUCAUUACUGCUACUUAUAAAUCAA